CCUCGGGAGCUGCACCCGGCUCGCCGGGCCGGGGUGGUGCCCGGCGCUCUUGUCGCUCAUUGGCUUUGUGAUUCCAUGGGGUGGGACUUGGCUGGGCCUGAACUCCAUCCGCGGUCCCUGGCCGGUUUCAGGGCAAAGCUGCCAUGCGUCCCGGGGGCCGCGGGCGGCCCCGGCCCCGGCUCGGGGAGCGCGGCCUGAUGGAGCCGAGCUCGCCGCUCAAGCGCCGCCUGCUCCCGCGGGCGCAGCUGCUGCCCGUGCUGCUGCUGGCGCUGGCCGUGGGCUCGGCCCUCUACACGCUGUGGGGCAGCUGGCACCGCAGGACCGAGGAGCUGCCGCGGACGCCGCUGACCGGAAGUCUCCCGGAGGCCCGGCUGCGGAGGGUGGUGGGGCAGCUGGACCUGCAGCGCCUCUGGGGCACUUUCCUGCGACCGCUGCUUGUUGUGCGAGCCCCGGGCACUCCGGGCAGUCUCCAAGUCAGAAAGUUCCUGGAGGCCACGCUGCGGACCCUGGCAGCCGGCUGGCAUGUGGAGCUGGAUCCCUUCACAGCCUCGACGCCCCUGGGGCCCCUGGACUUCGGCAACGUGGUGGCCACGCUGGACCCAGGCGCUGCCCGUCACCUCACCCUUGCCUGCCAUUACGACUCAAAGUUCUUCCCCCCGGGGUCCGCCCCCUUCGUGGGGGCCACGGAUUCGGCUGUGCCCUGUGCCUUGCUGCUGGAGCUGGCCCAGGCCCUGGAUCUGGAGCUGAGCAGGGCCAAGGAGCAGGCAGCCCCGGUGACCCUGCAGCUGCUCUUCCUGGACGGCGAGGAGGCGCUGAAGGAGUGGGGCCCCAAGGACUCCCUCUACGGCUCCCGGCACCUGGCCAGGCUCAUGGAGUCCAUGCCACACAGUCCCGGCCCCACCAGGAUCCAGGCUAUUGAGCUCUUCGUGCUUCUUGACCUGCUGGGAGCCCCCAACCCCACCUUCUACAGCCACUUCCCCCGCACCAUCCGCUGGUUCCAUCGGCUGAGGAGCAUCGAGAAGCGUCUACACCGGCUGAACCUGCUGCAGUCCCACCCCGAGGAAGUGAUGUACUUCCAGCCCGGGGAGCCCCCUGGCUCCGUGGAGGACGACCACAUCCCCUUCCUCCGCAGAGGGGUCCCGGUGCUCCACCUCAUCGCCACGCCCUUCCCCUCCGUCUGGCACACACCCGCCGACUCGGAGGCCAACCUCCACCCACCCACGGUGCACAACCUGAGUCGCAUCCUCGCCGUGUUCCUGGCGGAGUACUUGGGGCUCUAGGCUGCGGGCCUGACCGUGCGGAGCAGCAGCAGGGAGCGUGCCGAUGGCACCUGCAGCCCGGGAGCCCACGCCUGCUGCUCGCCCUCGCCCCUCUGUGGCUCCUGCUUGCACUGUCCCUGCAGACCCUCUCUCCGCGGCCACCCUCCAA